AAAGAAAUCAGAAAACCUUUUAUAUCUUCCUUUUUCGUCGUUUCCGUCGUCUUUUUCCUUUUUCAUUUACUGUUCUCUCUGUCUCUCUCUCUCUCCAGCUUAGGGCUUCUCUCUCAUCCAUGGCGGAUUUCUUCUAGCUCUUUCAUAUUUCCUCUUUUAUCAAAUUCUCAUGAAUUUCAACGGUUUUCUCGACGACGGUUCCCCCGGAGCCUCAAAGCUACUCUCCGAUAUACCGUACAACAACAACCACUUCUCUUUCUCCGCCGUAGACACCACCAUGCUCGGAACCACCGCCAUUGCUCCUCCUCAUUCUCGUCCUUUCUCUUCUUCAGGCCUCUCCCUCGGACUCCAAACAAAUGGAGAAAUGAGUAGAAACGGAGAGAUUUUCGAGUCGAACGUAACUCGUAAAAGUAGUAGAGGAGAAGAUGUAGAAAGCAGAUCUGAAAGUGAUAACGCUGAAGCUGUCUCCGGUGACGAUUUAGAUACUUCCGAUAGACCUUUAAAGAAGAAGAAACGUUACCAUCGCCACACUCCUAAACAAAUUCAAGACCUCGAAUCGGUUUUUAAAGAGUGUGCACAUCCAGACGAGAAGCAACGUCUUGAUCUCAGCCGUCGACUUAAUUUAGAUCCUCGUCAAGUCAAAUUCUGGUUCCAGAAUCGCCGUACUCAGAUGAAGACUCAAAUCGAACGACAUGAGAAUGCUUUGUUGAGGCAAGAGAACGAUAAGCUUCGAGCUGAGAAUAUGUCUGUCCGCGAAGCUAUGAGAAACCCUAUGUGUGGUAACUGCGGCGGACCUGCUGUUAUCGGCGAGAUCUCCAUGGAAGAACAACAUCUUCGAAUCGAAAACUCUCGUCUCAAAGAUGAGUUAGACCGAGUCUGUGCCUUAACCGGUAAAUUCCUUGGCCGGUCCAACGGUUCUCAUCAUAUACCGGACUCAGCACUUGUUCUCGGCGUUGGUGUUGGCUGUAAUGUUGGUGGUGGUUUCACUCUCUCUUCUCCGGUGUUGCCUCAAGCUUCUCCAAGAUUUGAGAUUUCUAAUGCAACCGGUUCUGGUUUGGUGGCUACGGUUAACCGUCAACAACCGGUUAGUGUUAGUGAUUUUGAUCAGAGAUCGAGGUAUUUGGAUUUAGCUCUUGCGUCUAUGGAUGAGCUUGUGAAGAUGGCUCAGACACGUGACCCGCUCUGGGUUAGGAGCUCGGAUACUGGUUUUGAAAUGCUGAACCAGGAAGAGUACGACACAAGUUUCACUCGAUGUGUUGGACCAAAACCAGAUGGGUAUGUCUCAGAAGCUUCUAAAGAAGCUGGAACUGUUAUCAUCAAUAGCUUAGCCCUCGUUGAAACCUUGAUGGACUCGGAACGGUGGGCGGAAAUGUUUCCAAGUAUGAUCUCAAGAACUUCAACCACAGAGAUUAUCUCUAGUGGCAUGGGAGGGUCACGAAAUGGUGCACUUCACCUGAUGCACGCAGAGCUUCAAUUGCUGUCUCCACUCGUGCCUGUUCGACAAGUGUCGUUCUUGCGGUUCUGUAAACAGCACGCAGAAGGUGUUUGGGCAGUGGUCGAUGUCUCAAUUGAUUCCAUUAGAGAAGGAUCUUCUUCCAGCUGUAGAAGGUUACCGUCUGGUUGCCUCGUACAAGACAUGGCCAAUGGCUGCUCUAAGGUCACAUGGAUCGAGCACACGGAGUAUGACGAAAACCGCAUCCACCGUUUAUACCGCCCAUUACUCAGCUGUGGACUAGCGUUUGGUGCGCAUCGAUGGAUGGCUGCGUUACAACGUCAAUGCGAAUGCCUCACCAUUCUUAUGUCCUCCACUGUUUCCCCUUCCCCUAACCCAACCCCUAUAAAUUGCAAUGGGAGAAAAAGCAUGCUAAAGCUAGCGAAGAGGAUGACUGAUAAUUUCUGUGGAGGCGUUUGUGCUUCUUCGUUACAAAAAUGGAGCAAACUUAACGUUGGUAACGUCGACGAGGACGUUCGGAUAAUGACUAGGAAGAGCGUAAACAAUCCCGGCGAACCGCCUGGGAUCAUUCUCAACGCUGCGACGUCGGUUUGGAUGCCGAUUUCUCCACGGAGGUUGUUUGACUUCCUUGGAAAUGAACGGCUGAGAUCGGAAUGGGAUAUCUUAUCCAACGGUGGGCCUAUGAAAGAGAUGGCCCAUAUAGCUAAAGGCCAUGACCAUUCCAACUCUGUCUCCCUCCUCCGUGCCAGUGCGAUAAAUGCGAAUCAGAGUAGUAUGCUGAUAUUACAAGAGACAAGCAUAGACGCUGCAGGAGCGCUUGUGGUCUACGCGCCUGUGGAUAUCCCAGCAAUGCAAGCUGUGAUGAACGGUGGAGAUUCUGCUUACGUGGCACUACUUCCCUCAGGAUUCGCCAUUCUCCCGAACGCUCAGGCGGGUACGCAACGCUGCGCAGCCGAGGAACGUAACGCUAACGGUAACGGUAACGGUGGGUGCAUGGAGGAAGGAGGGUCGUUAUUAACGGUGGCGUUUCAGAUUCUGGUGAAUAGUUUGCCUACGGCUAAGCUCACGGUGGAAUCUGUAGAGACGGUUAAUAAUCUGAUAUCGUGCACCGUUCAGAAGAUCAAGGCGGCUCUUCAUUGUGAUAGCACCUGAUCAUUGAGAUCGGACGGUGGAGAUUGAGUCAAGAACGAACCUCAUUUUGUGAUGAAUCCGUUUUUGUGAUGGUUCGGGUAUUGACUCGAUGAGGUGUGAAAAAACAAACAUUAAACAAAAAUGUUGUAAUUUGGAUUGGUUGGUUUUUACUUCUACCAUUGAUCAAUCUCAAAUUGGUUAUUAACAAAAACGUAUCCGCUAAUACGUUUGUACCAAUCCGGGUUUACUUUUGUGGUAGACUGGUAGUUCAUAAUGUGAAAGGAAGGUUUGGACCAUUUCCUUUUA